AUGUUAUUUCAAUUCUUCGUAUGGGGAACAGCGUUUGCGACGGUUUUCAGCUCUUUUCUCAACCUUCCUCUGUAUCUGGCAGUUAUUGUCAUAAUCAUACGAAACAAACGUCAUCCACCAUUCAACUCGUCCUUCUACACAAUAUUUACUGCGCUAGGCAUUGUGGAUUUAGCGUGAGUUUUUUUUGAAACUUAAAAGAAUUUUUUUCAGUUUUUUUUUACAUUUUUAGUAUUAGCUUUGGCUUGAGUUUAGGCGCUAGCCUUCUUUACUAGGAAAUUGCAACAAAUAUCUAUCGGCUUUUUGAACGAUACCCAUAUAGGAUGAAAGAGCAUAAAAAGUUACCAGGAGAAAUGUUUUCAAAAACUGCUAAGCGGAGUUGGCUAGCGCAUUACAUGCUCUAUAUCUUAUAUGUUUAAAGGGUAUAGCUUUAAAGUUCAAAAAAUGAUAUUUUUUGAUAAUUUUUUUUAAAGUGUCUAAAAGCGAAAAAUACAACUUAAAAAAUAUUUUUUAAUCAAAAAAUUGUUUGGCUAGCCAAAACGUCCUGUCAGUAUGACUGGGCGCCAAAAUGAAAGCGACGGGAAUCGAACUCCCCGCCUUCUGCACUCAUACUUAGCUUGGGUUAUACUACAUAUAAAACUAGAUUAUUUAGAAUUUUAAAGUAGAAUAUGAUUGGUUUUAAACCGACAAUUGUACUGGUAACAUAAUGGGUUUGUUAUUUGACAAGUUAUAGGAUAAUUAGCGUAAAACAUAGUUUCCAUGUGAUAAAUAAAGUUAAAUAAAUAGUCCUGUGAAAUUGGUUUUUUGAAAUCGAUGCUAUUGUAUAAAAUGAUGUUUGAAAUAUUACUUGUAGUUACAUGUUGAAAACAUUUUUUGUAGGUGCCGUAUAAUAUUUACAAUAAUAAGCAUGUUAAAUUAAAUGUAGCCUAUUGUUAAGGAUAACACUUUUUAAAAAAGUGUUUACUUUGAAUCGGUUUUAACGUAAUUGUAAUGCCGCAGGGUUUUAAUUUUGAACCAACAACGUCUAAGAUCAAAGUGUUACAAAACUACAAACAAAUACUUGUCUAAAUGUACUGGCUUAUAAACAUUAUGGUAAAGAGACUCUUAAGAUGAGUGAUGUAAAAAAUACAACAAAUGAGAUGUGUAAUUUUUUCAGAUGCUACUUUCUAUACACAUUUAUCAAAAAGCCUAUUUUUUGGGGUUUUAUACCGGAUUUCUUCAAACCUUUCAAUGAACCAAAUCAAGCAGCUAAAAUUUCAUUGCUAGUUAUAUGGUUGUUUGGUAAGUUCAUUUCCUAAUUAUUGGCGUCUUUGCCUUUUUCCUGCCUUUGCUCUGCCUUCGCCCUGCCUUUCCCUGCCUUUUUUCUGUCUUUGUCCUGCCUUUGCCCUGCCUUUGCCCUGCCUUUCCUCUGCUUUUGCCUUGCUUUUUUCCUGUCUUUGCCUUGCCUUUGACAUGCCUUUUCCCUGUUUUACGUUGCCAUGCCUUGCCCUGCAAUGAUCUGUACUUCCCUUUCUUGCUCUAUCCUGUUCUUCAUACUGUUUUGUCCUGUCAUAAGCUAACCUUUUUUUUCUUACCUUAUCUUAAUGAAUCCUACUUUUAAUUGUUUUGUCUUAGGUUACUCUACUGUAGUUUGUUCUUUCUUAUUUGACUCUUCAUUAGUUUAUUAGGCGCUAGGACAAAUGCGGUUUUUGGACAUUUGCGGAUCUGCGGUUUUUAGACAUUUGCGGAUUUUUUAAAGGGGUUUUUUUUAUUUUUUAGUUGAUUUAGUUGUAUUAUGGUACUAAAUGGUACUAAAGUUUAAAUUGGUACUGUUUUAAUAAGUUUUAGUGCUAAAUAGUACUAAAUUUUAAAUUGGUACUGUUUUAUAUUUUUUGGUACUGAAUGGUACUAAAAGCCCAAAAAGGUACUGUUAUGUUAAAACCGCACCAAUUUAAACUUUAGUACUAGCGCCGUUUAUUAUGCUUUAGCCUAAUUUACGUUAGCUUGUUCUACCCUUUCUUCCUUUAUCGUAUUUAAUUCUUAUUUUCAGCCUUUCUCCAAUACGAGUAUGUUCUUUUGUUAACGCUCAAUCGCUUUGCAGGUAUUUGUUUUCCUGAAUUUUACCUAAAAGUAAGUUCUUUGAUUAAAUUGUUUUAUCACAUUUUUUAUUUUUUAAGUAUUAAAACAUUUUUAAAUUUAAAAUUUUAGUACUGGACAAAACGAGUUACGCGAAUCCUUCUCGCUCUACCAAUAAUAUUCUCCAUCACCGUGCUUAUUCCUUGUACUACGGCUGAUUUCACAGUAACAGAGUACAUAUUUGAAAAUAACGGUAUCAGACGUUUACUUCACGGUGGUCCAAUAACGGUCACGCCAGAAAUUAAUCAUUACUUUUCGAAUAUCUGGGAAAUGCACAUUUAUGUUCUUAUGAUUGGUGGUGUCAUCUUGUACACCUUGAUGUAUAUAAAGGCUAAAUUGAUGUUUCGAAGUGGGGUUCAAGCGAAUAAAGCCAAACUGGAGUUGAGAAUGUUGAAGCAGGCUGCAAUGUUGUUUGCUUUAAACUUUAUUUUCUGUGGAGUGUUCUUUGUGAGGUAAGAAAUGGCAGUACAUAACUUUUUAUAAAUAAUUAAGGGCUCAGUACCUGACCUUAGCCUUUUCACCUUACCUUUUUUAACUAGUUCUUAGUUUUAGGUUUACCUUCGGCACUAGCUUUAAAAUUAUUAAUGAAGUUUUGAAACAGUUAUUAAAAGUAUAUGCAUUGUCAUAAUCCUUAAGUGCAAUGUAACUUGUCUCUUACCUCACAAUAAUUACCGUACCAUCGUCUCAAAAUAACAUUACAAACUAUUUUAAUGACAAUCCAUUUAUAAACUAAUCGUUUCAGGAAAUACCUGUCAGACGAAAACAACGAGCAUCUGUACGAGUACAUGUUGUUAAUUGUUUCCGACGUAUACGACCUUCCAAAUGGUGUCAUAUUACUGUUAACGUCUGGCGAAAUACGUCGAAAACUCAGACAUCCGUGGCAGAAGAUUCAGAAGACCCACACUACUGUCAAUGUACAUUUUUUAACGCGUAGCACCGUGGCGCCGGAGAAAACGUCGUCAAUCAAUGGAUUCUAA